AUCUUUUUGAAAUUUUCCCGUGUUUUCUGUUUUCCAUUUUUUUUAAAAUAAUUAUUCUCGUUCAGUUUGUUUUUCCUCUCUCCAAUUUAUCGCCGAUUUAUUCGAGCCGACAUGCCGGCGCCGCCGAUUUAGUCUCUGAGAAUCUCUAUCUCAGAUCUGUGUCGUCCUUUUCAGUCUCGUAGGCUGUCCGACUCUGAGAUAUGGGUGUCUGAAGGGCUGGUAUCUUUGUUACUGCAGAAGGGCAAGGGAAGCUACACUGAAAGUAUAUUUUGUGCCCAGAUGAUUAGAACUGAUGUUAUUGGCAGUGGAAGGAGGAGGGUUCUUCUCUGCUUCAGCUUCUGGGUAUAGCAAGGGCCUGACCCUUCUUCUCUUGGGUCAGAAGCACGAAGAUAAACCCAUGAGAGUUUCACCGUGGAAUCAGUACCAGUUGGUGGAUAACGAACCAGACCCUAACCUCCAGCUGGCUUCCUUGAAGAACCGGUUUUCCCGCGGGUGCGCUUCCCUUGUUUGCUUCGGUCGCGCUUCCGCAGGUCUUGAUUCCCCAUCACAUCUCAAAGUAGGUCCUGCCCAACAGCAGGAUGUCUUGCCAGAGUCUCUUGUUACUGACAAGGGCAAAAACCAUCCAAAUGAAGUUCAAGGUGAUAAUAUUACAAGAAGAGUUAAUCUUAAGAGUAGCUUGAAGAAGCCAUCAAAUAGCAUUCCAGUUCCUGUUGAGGAUGCCAAUCAACACGAUGCAUUGGGUGACAAAAGCAGUGAUGUCUCUGGUCUUACAGAAAGGAGGAAAGUGCAGUGGACAGAUGUUUGCGGGAGUGAGCUUGCUGAAAUCAGGGAAUUUGAGCCAAGUGAAACCGCUGGUUCAGAGGACGAAUUUGAGAAUGGAAAUGAAAGAACUUGUUCGUGUGUGAUUAUGUGAUGGUCCAUUUUACUAGAACAUUAUAUGGGCUCAAUUUUUCCUUGCAAGAGAUGAUGCAACAAGCAAAUUGCUACUAACAGAGGUCAUCUACUUUCUACAUGCAUCAACUGAUUUCUUGGUGAAGCUAAAAAAAGCAAGUAAAUUGAGUCGAAAGGACAUCGCAACCAUGCCAUGGAGCUCUAUGCCUGGCCUGCCAUCCCUGUUGGACUGAUCAUUUGUGUCUAUAAUUAAUUGAUGAGUAUUUCAAUUUUGUUACUCUGACCUUCCCUUUGCUUUGUUAAAUUAUUUUCUUAUUUGUGAUUGUAUUGCUUUUUUUUUCUUUUUCCCCCCUUUUCUAAUCUUAAUCAACGUGUUGUAUUAAUUUUGUCUUA